AUGGCGAAAGAGUAUCAGCUUCCCUUCCAACUGGAUGAUCCCAGUUUACUUCAAUUUGACUCCUUUGUGAAUAAUGAAUGGGUUGCUGCUCAAGAUGGAAAUCGAUUUGAAGUUCUCGAUCCUGGCACCGGCAAACCCUGGGCGAGCUGUCCAGCAAACACGGUCAAAGAUGUUCCAGCUACGGUAGAAGCCGCUCAUGCCGCGUUUGAGAAAUUCAAGAAAGUGAACCCUCGUACCCGAGCACAAUUGCUCAUGAAAUGGGAUGGACUCAUUCGUGAAGCACGCUCCGAUCUGGCCAAAAUCCUGACUCACGAGACUGGCAAGCCAAUCACAGAAUCUUUGGGUGAGAUUGACUACGCCCUAGGAUUCACCUGGUGGUUUGCCGGAGAAGCAGAGCGGAUCCAUGGCAGCAUAGCAGUGCCCGCUGCUCCAAACCGAAGAGUCUUCACCAUAAAGCAGCCAAUUGGCGUUGCGGUCGCUCUAGUGCCAUGGAACUUUCCGAUUGCUAUGAUUCUUCGAAAAGCUGGCGCUGCUUUUGCUGCUGGAUGCACUAUGAUUGCGAAACCCAGUCCGGAGACUCCUAUUACGACGCUUGUGCUUGCACUACUUGCUAAAAGGGCAGGCUAUCCACCCGGCAUAUUCAAUGUGCUGACGACGGACCUGGAAAAUACCCCUGCUCUCAGUGAGACUCUAUGUAAACAUCCCCAAGUUAAAAAGGUAACCUUUACAGGCUCCACCCGUGUUGGGAAGCUGGUUGCUGCACACUGUGCAGAGGGCUUGAAGAAAGUAACCCUCGAGCUUGGAGGAAACUGCCCGUUCAUUGUCUUUGAUGACGCUGAUUUAGAUCAAGCCCUCGCCCAGUUAAUGGCACUCAAGUGGCGUCAUGCUGGACAGGCAUGCAUCACAGCGAACAGGAUCUAUGUUCAAAGUGGGGUGUAUGAAAAGUUCGCCCAAAUGUUCAAAGAACGAACAUCGACAUUGGUAGUUGGCCAUGGGGCAAAAGAUGAAACUACUAUGGGACCAGUCACCACACCCCGGAGUCUCGACAAGGCGCUGAGCCAAGUGGAAGAUGCUAAAAAGCUGGGUGGGAAUAUCAUACUGGGUGGUAAACCAAUGACUGACCGUGGCGGUUAUUUCUUUGAGCCGACUAUCAUCACCGAUAUGAAGCCGGAGAUGCUGAUUUCUCGAGAAGAGACUUUUGCUCCAAUUGCAGCAUUGUACAAAUUCGACACUGAGGACGAGGUGGUGAAACUAGCCAAUGAUACGAGUAUGGGACUUGCCAGCUAUGCUUUCACCAAGAACGUUGAUCGGAUAUGGAGGAUGCUGGAGAAUUUAGAGGCAGGGAUGAUUGGUCUGAAUACAGGAAAUUCGUCAGCUGCAGAAUCGCCAUUCGGUGGUAUAAAGGAGUCAGGAUAUGGCAAGGAGAGCGGGAAGGAUGUCGCUGUUGCCGAGUACAUGAUCACCAAGACCGGGACCCUUACCAUCGACGGACAAUACUAG